AGAUUCCAGUGGAUAAAAACCAUUCAUACUUGGCUUUUUUAUGCAUCCAUUUAAAAUACAAGAGAGCUUAACGCCGACUCUCACAAGCAAAGUGUCAACCAUCUCUCUUGCCUUUUUUUUUUCUCUCAAAAGAAAAAUCAGAUCAGAAUAUAUGCAGGUUAUGGAGACUACAGAUUCUUCCGGUGGUCCGCCGCCGCAGCCAAACCUUCCUCCCGGAUUCCGAUUCCACCCAACCGACGAAGAACUCGUGAUCCACUACCUCAAACGCAAAGCAGACUCUUCUCCUUUACCAGUCGCCAUCAUCGCCGACGUCGAUCUCUACAAACACGAUCCAUGGGAACUUCCCGAGAAGGCUUUGUUCGGAGAACAAGAGUGGUACUUCUUCAGUCCACGUGAUCGGAAAUAUCCAAACGGAGCUAGACCGAACCGAGCUGCUACUUCCGGUUAUUGGAAAGCGACCGGUACAGAUAAACCGGUGAUUUCAACCGGAGAUGGUAACAAAAAAGUCGGAGUCAAGAAAGCUCUCGUGUUCUACACUGGGAAGCCACCGAAAGGAAUUAAAUCAGAUUGGAUCAUGCAUGAAUAUCGCUUAGCCGAUAAUAAACCUAGUCUCAGGUGUGACUUUGGUCACAAGAAAAAUUCUCUCCGGCUUGAUGAUUGGGUGUUGUGUCGGAUCUACAAGAAAAACAACAGUACAUCAUCCCGACAUCAUCUUCAUCAUCAUCUGGAUAACGAUAAGGAUCAUCAUCAUCAUUUUCAUCAUGACAUGCUGAUGGAUGAUGAUCUUUACCGUCUUCCUCUGUCGGUUCCCAGUCAAAACGUUUCAAGAAUGAAUCUUUUCCCGGCGGUUUUCUCCGAUAACAACGACCCGGCGGAUAUAUACGACGGAGGUGGCGGCGGAGCCGGUUACUCGAUGAAUCACGAUUUUGCAUCGUCGUCUGGAUUGAAUCAGAAACCGAAUAUUCCGGUGCCGUUUUGGGAUCAAGAUCCGGCUAAGAGGUUUAACGGCGGCGUUGGAGACUGUUCUGACAUGGUCUCUUCAGUGGCAGCGCCGUCAUCAAUGCAGCAGCAAGGUGGGGUUUUGGGGGAUGGUUUAGACAGGACCUCGUACCAUUUAACCGGUUUGAAUUGGUAAUUAUUUCCGGUCGGUUCGCUGUGAAAAUUAGAAAUCGAACUUAGAAUGAGUUCGGUUUACAUAUUUUGAAGAUUUGUGUAUACGGUUUGAGUAAUUUGGGAAAUUGGUUACGGUUGAUUGGUUAUUGUAUAGGGUUAGAAAGAUGGAGAUUAAAGAGAUUAGAGAGGUGAAGAAUGAGGCAACAUAUAGAAGAUACAAAUUAAUUUUAUUUUCCUCUUAUGAUGGUUAUUAUUAUUCACUAAACGUAUAGUAGAUGUUUCAUGUUUGUAUACUGUAUAAAUUGAUGCAUGUAAAUAUAAAUAACAGUUGUAGA